UAAAGGGGCCGCGCGGCUCUCCGGAGGCCGCCGGUGGGUGCGGGCCAUGCCGGGCGUGCGGGCGGCGGCGGGGCUGCUGGGGCUGCUGGUGGCGGCGGCGGCGGCCAAGAGCGUGUGGCAGGAGGAGGCGGCCUUCGACCGGCCCUACGCGGGCGCCGUGGACAGCGAGCGCCUCAACAUCUACGCCUUCAACCACACCGUCCGGCGGAACCGGACCGAGGGUGUGCGGGUGUCGGUGAAUGUGCCGUCGGUGCAGAAGGAGGCGCCGGUGCUCUUCGUGGUGCGGCAGAAGGAGGCGGUGGUGUCGUUCCAGGUGCCGCUGGUCCUCCGGGGCCUGUUCCAGCGGAAGUACCUGUACCAGGAUGUCGGCCGCACGCUGUGCCAACCCCCGUCCAAGAGCGAGGCGGAGCUGCAGUUCUUCUACGUGGACGUGUCCACGCUCUCUCCCGCCAACGUCUCGUACCAGCUCCAGGUCACGCGUGUGGAGAACUUUGUGCUCAGGACAGACCAGCACUUGGGCUUCAACGCCACUGCCGCCCAGCCACAGUAUUUCAAGUAUGAGUUUCCAGAGGACGUGGACUCGGUGAUCGUGAAGGUGACCUCAGCCACUGCCUUCCCGUGCUCUGUCAUUUCCAUCCAAGACAUUCUGUGCCCUGUCUAUGACCUCGACAACAACGUGGCCUUCAUCGGCAUGUACCAGACUAUGACCAAGAAAGCUGCCAUCACCGUCCAGAAGAAGGAUUUCCCCAGCCACAGCUUCUACCUGGUGGUGGUGGUGAAGACGGAAGACGAGGCUUGUGGGGGGCCGCUGCCUUACUACCCCUUUUCCAAAGAUGAGCCUGUCGAUCAAGGGAACCGCCGGAAAGCCCUGAAUGUGGUGGUGUCUCCAGCUGUCACCUCACAGGCCUACGUGAGUGGGACGCUUUUCUGCCUGGGGAUCUUUCUCUCCUUUUAUGUGGUGACGCUGCUCAUCGCUUGCUGGAAGAUCUGGAGGCGACAGAGAAUGAGGACAAUGGAUCUUCUAGCCCCUGUGGAGACACCAAGGACUGACGCUGGUCAUUCCCCCAUCACCUCAGACCCUUUCUUGGGACGCGCACCUUACCAUGCCUACGGUUACGGCUCCUUUGACAACGGUUCUGCAGUCAGCACAGAGAACGCCUCUGACAGCCUGCUGUCCACUGAAGCAUCAUACGGCUACGCAGGGCCAGAGAUGUGCCAGCACCGCCAGCGACACAUGGCCGUGGCUAUGGACCGGUCCCUAGACAGCCUGGUGGGGCGUCCACGGCUCGACUCGCUCAGCUCUGUGGAGGAGGAUGACUACGACACCCUGGCCGACAUCGACUCGGACAAGAACGUCAUCCGCACCAAGCAAUACUUGUACGUGGCGGAUCUGGCACGCAAAGACAAGCGGGUACUGAGGAAGAAAUACCAGAUUUACUUUUGGAACAUCGCCACCAUUGCUGUGUUCUACGCACUGCCGGUCAUCCAGCUUGUGAUAACCUACCAGACGGUGGUGAAUGUCACGGGGAAUCAAGACAUCUGCUACUACAACUUCCUGUGCGCCCACCCCCUGGGCAACCUCAGCGCCUUCAACAACAUCCUCAGCAACCUGGGCUACAUCCUGCUGGGGCUUCUUUUCCUGCUCAUCAUCUUGCAACGGGAGAUCAGCUACAACCGGGCCUUGAUGCGCAACGACCUGCAGGCUCUGGAGUGCGGCAUCCCGAAGCACUUCGGCCUCUUCUAUGCCAUGGGCACUGCCCUCAUGAUGGAGGGGCUGCUCAGCGCCUGCUACCACGUCUGCCCCAACUACACCAAUUUCCAGUUUGACACCUCUUUCAUGUACAUGAUCGCCGGGCUGUGCAUGCUGAAACUCUACCAGAAGCGGCACCCGGACAUCAACGCCAGCGCCUACAGCGCCUACGCCUGCCUCGCCGUUGUCAUCUUUUUCUCUGUCGUGGGCGUGGUCUUCGGCAAGGGUAACAUGGCCUUCUGGAUCGUCUUCUCCAUCAUCCACAUCGUCUCCACUUUGCUGCUGAGCACCCAGCUCUACUAUAUGGGCCGCUGGAGGCUGGACUCUGGGACUUUGCGCAGGAUCCUGCUCGUGCUCUACACCGACUGCCUCCGCCAGUGCAGUGGGCCCACGUACGUGGAUCGGAUGGUCCUGCUGGUGAUGGGCAACAUAAUCAACUGGUCGCUCGCUGCCUACGGCCUCCUUGUCAGGCCCAACGAUUUUGCCUCCUACCUGCUAGCCAUCGGCAUCUGCAACCUGCUGCUGUAUUUUGCCUUCUACAUUAUCAUGAAGCUCCGGAGUGGUGAACGCCUGAAGCUGAUUCCCCUGCUCUGCAUCGUCUGCACUUCUGUCGUGUGGGGCUUUGCCCUCUUUUUCUUCUUCCAGGGUUUGAGCACCUGGCAGAAAACGCCAGCCGAGUCCCGAGAACAUAACCGCGACUGCAUUCUGCUUGGCUUUUUCGAUGACCACGACAUCUGGCACUUCCUCUCGUCCAUCGCCAUGUUUGGCUCCUUCCUGGUCCUGCUGACUCUGGAUGAUGACCUGGACUGCAUUCAGCGUGACAAGAUCUACGUCUUCUAGGCCACCGGAUUCCUGCCGUCCUCUCCGUGGCCUUCCCAGAGUCGCUUUGCUUUGGGGUGGACCUCACAGCGGCCUUGCGAAGGCGUCGGGCCUGGCUGGGGCAGCAAGGGGCUUCCCCACCCUGUUAACCGCAGGCUAAGGAGCUUGAUGCCGGGGCAGCCGCUGUGGACUGGAGGAGGCUUCUGGGCUCCCUCUCAGGUUUUCUAGUGCUGGUUGCCAAGCCUUCAGGUCAGGCAGCUUUCUGUUUGUUUCUGCUGCCCGUCUGAGAUCUCCUGGGAGGCCCUGGAGCUGGUUUGGGAGGCUUCAAGGCGCCAGGGGCCUCCUGGGCUGCCAGCACCUGGAGCCACCUGCCAAAGCAGGCUGGAGUGGUCCUGAAUCUGCCCGGGCAAGGGGCCUGGGGUUUGCCCCCCCCCUCCUCCUCAUCGGUCAGGGCCCGCUCUUUGGGGAGGGGGUAGGCUGCAGUGGGGCAAGCCAAGCUCCUGGCCUGUCGUCCUCCUGCCAUUAGGACUUGCCAGCCCUGGCAGAUCAGCGCUGAGACUGUGGCAGGCUCCACACACCUGCACGCACUCCAGUCCAGCCCAAGCACAUCCCCCAGGGCUGCUGCCUGUUCUUUACGGACCAGGACUUCAGAUGCUGCCAUAGUGGGAUCUCUUCCACUCACUGGAGCCAGGCCUUCCUUGGGAGGCAGAGUGCAGCGGAGCUCCCUUGCCAACGACAGUAGCCUUGUGCUGGGUGGGCCAAGGAGAGGCAUUCCUUUUGGUGCCUGAAGCACGCAGUAUGGGACUCUUUCCAGUGCCUGUUUUGUGGGGCAGGGGCGGUUGACCUACUUCAUGGCUGUCCUUUGGCUGGGCUGCCAGUCUGGCAUUGGGCAGUCACAUGACUACCCAGCAGUUUACAUGGUGCUGCCUGAGCUUCCCCCGUGGCUCUGUGUCUUUAGCUGAGCAGUAGAUCCAGGCCUGGAGUCCCUGUGCUGCUCUGGGGGGGGGGGGGGGGCCUGAACCAUAUCACAUUACAGUGGCUUUUUGGCCUCUGCUGGGGUGGAAGCCAAAGGGUAGUAUCGGUGACUGGGGGAAAGGGGCAAGAGGUGACCCCCCCCAUCCCACCUGUCUCCCCCCCCCCCGCCCCCGAGAAGGGCUGCCAGUGUUUCUCCAAGCCGGUCUUGAUUGUGUUUCAAAGAGUUUGAAUGUUUUUUGUUUGUUUUUCUUGUCAUUUCCAUUUCUACUGAUUCUACUGCCAAAUGCAAAAAAAAUAAAGGAUGGCCCCGC